AUGGCUCCCAGGACAGAGCUUGAGGCCUCACUCAAAUCUGGGGUCUGUUUGGGUGUUGAGUGCCAUGCUGACCACCCAAUGCUGGUUCUGAUGCUAUUCACCAGUGUGCUGGUGACAUGGCUUGAGGCUGCUAAACUCACUGUAGGCUUCCAGGCCCCUUGGAACAUCUCUCAUCCCUUCAGCGCGCAAAGGCUUGGUGCAGGCCUCCAGAUUGCCUUGGACAGCAUCAACUCAGAGCCAGACUUUGGUAACUUCAGUUUGGAGUUCACAUACACCAACUCAGCCUGCAGCAACAAGGAAUAUCUUUCUAUUUUCAUCAACCAGGUCCAGAAAGAACAGAUUUCUGCCCUAUUUGGACCAGCAUGCCCAGAAGCAGCAGAGGUUAUUGGUUUGCUGGCCUCUGAGUGGAACAUACCCAUGUUUGACUUUGUUGGACAAAUGGAGAAACUGGACAACCACUUCUUGUAUGACACCUGCGUGAAACUUGUGCCAUCCAGGAAGGACAUAGGUGAUGUGCUCCACAGAAGUCUCCAGUACCUGGGCUGGAAGCACAUUGGGAUGUUCGGAGGCUCCUCUGGGACUUCCUCCUGGGACAGAGUAGAUGAGCUGUGGAGCGUUGUAGAGCACGAACUCAAAUCCCAUUUCGCCAUCACUGGCAGCAUGAGGUACACCACCAGCAAUCCCGUCCUCCUUCGAGAGAAUCUCAGGAGCGUGUCAUCAAGUGCCAGGGUUAUCACCUUAAUCUGCAGGUCAGAGGAUGCACAAGUUAUUCUUCUGGAUGCAGAGAACCUGGGACUCAACACUGGAGAGUUUGUCUUCAUCAUUUUGCAGCAGACGGAGGACAGUUUUUGGAAGGCGGUGCUGACAAGUCCAAAGGUGAGACACUUCCCGAAAGUCUAUGAGUCGGUGCUUCUCAUUGCCCUGAGCUCCUACAGAGAAGGCCCCAGGCUUGAAGGCUUCUGGAAACAAGUCUACCGGAGGCUGAGGAGGCCGCCUUUCCACAGCACUAUCUCCUCAGAGGAAUAGGUGAGCCCUUACUCCACCUACCUCCAUGACGCUGUGCUCCUCUAUGCUCGGACUGUGGGGUGGAUAGUAAAGGCUGGCAGGGACGUCCAGGAUGGGCGGCAGCUGGUCAGCAGCCUGAAAGGUUCCAAACAGACUGUGGUUCAGGGAAUCACUGGCCCUGUGUUUGUGGAUUCCCAGGGGGAAAGGCACAUGGACUACUUGGUUUAUGCCCUACAGAAAUCUGGAAACGGGUCCCUUUUCCUUCAUUAUGACAGUUACCAGAAAGUAAUCAGACCUGCAGGGAAUCUUUCCAACGUCACUUGGCCCCAUGGCUCCCUUCCUGAAGACAGACCUGGCUGUGGAUUUUACAAUGAACUCUGCAACACGGAGCCUGUGGUGAGAGGUGAGACUGCUGUGAUUCUCACAGUGACACUCCUUAUUACUGCCUCGGGAGCUGCCAUCCUGGGUCUGAUUUUAAGGAUGCAGAAGGGAAAACUGCAGAGGCAAAAUAAAGACAUGUGGUGGAAAAUCAACUAUGACAACAUUGUCAUUCUUCCCCGGAACAAGCCAUUCCAGAGAGGCAUACCUGUGUCGAGAGGGAAUAUGAGUAACUCAUCCAGUGCGAUGAUUUCUGUGGACCUCGGGUCCUUUGUCAAGAGCCAGCAGGGGGAGGAGCUCUUCUAUGCCCCAGUAGGGUUUUACCAGGGAAACCACGUGGCCAUCUGCUAUGUUGGUGACCAAGCAGCAGCCUGGGUUAGAAAGCCGACUGCGCUACAGGAAAUCCAGCUGAUGUGUGAAUUAAGGCACGAGAACAUUGUUUACUUCUUUGGUAUUUGCGCAGAAUCACCUAACAUCUGCAUCAUCAACCAGUAUUGCAAAAAAGGAAGUCUUAAGGAUGUUUUGAGAAGCUCUGAUCAUGAAAUGGAUUGGAUAUUCAAAAUCUCAUUUGCAUGUGACAUAGUCAGUGGCAUGCUGUUUCUCCACGGGAGCCCCCGGGGGUCCCAUGGCAACCUGAAGCCUUCCAAUUGCCUGGUGGACGGGAGGAUGCAGGUGAAGCUGACGGGAUUUGGGCUGUGGGAACUCAAGUACGGCCAGAUGCUCAGAACCUUCGAUGAGAAAACUACCGACCCCUCAGAGCUCUACUGGACGGCCCCAGAGCUGCUGCGGCUCCCAGAGACACCCUGGUCGGGCACCCCCAAAGGAGACGUUUACAGCUUCGCCAUUCUGAUGCGGGAGCUGACACACCACCCUGGCCAUGGGUCCUUUGACGACCUCCAGGAGGCACCAGCUGAGGGAAAUUGUCAUCCUCGUCGUCACAUCACAUCGAGGGCACACGCCAUCCAUGUGACUGUCACAGUGGAUGUUGACCCUGAUUACCUGGCGGAGGACCUGUGUGUCCGUUUUGCCACUGUAAAGUCACUCUUGAUUUCCCUCCAUACCAUGCUCCACAGCAGAAGUCCCCCGAAGCCUACGCCUACAGGGAAUCAUCAACAGGAUCAAAGACCCCACAGCAUCGUUCCACUGCGACCUUCCCUGUUGGAGGAGAAGAGCGAUGAAAAGAUUGUGGCCAUGGUGGUGGCAUGCUGGGCUGAAUCUCCAGAGAAUAGGCCCACUUUUCUGUCCAUCAAGAAAACUUUAGGAGAAGCCAGUCCCAAAGGCCAUAUGAGCAUACUGGACAGCGUGGUGAGCAAGCUGGAAGUGUAUGCCAGUCACCUGGAGGAAGCGGUGGCAGAGAGGACAAGCCAUCUGAUGGCAGAGAAGAGGAAGGUGGAGAAGUUUCUGUCCACCAUGUUGCCCAGCUUCAUUGGAGAACAACUCAUAGCUGUGAAGUUUGUGGAACCAAAACAUUUUGAGUCCGUGACCAUCUUUUUCUCCGACAUUGUGGGAUUCACAAAGCUACGUUCGCUCAGCACCCCCCUGCAGGUUGUAAAGCUCCUCAAUGACCUGUACAGUUUGUUCAAUCACAUCAUUGCAGCCUAUGACAUGUAUAAGGUUGAGACCAUUGGAGACGCAUACACGGUGGCCAGCAGACUUCCCAUCCACAAUGGGAGCCAGCACGUGCACGAGAUUGCCACCAUGUCCCUGCACUUCCUCAGUGCCACCAUCCACUUCCAGACUGGGCAUUUGCCCAAGGAGAAGCUCAGGCUCCAGAUUGGCCUCCACACAGGUCCUGUGGUGGCUGGUGUGGUAGGCAUCACCAUGCCCAGAUACUGUCUGUUUGGGGACACUGUGAACGUGGCAUCCAGGAUGGAGAGUAGCAGUUUGCCUGUCCGAAUCCAGGUCUCCCAGAGCACGGCAGGUGCCCUGCUGGCAGUGGGAGGGUACGAGUUGCAAAAGAGAGGCACCAAUCCAGUCAAGGGCAAAGGAGAGCAGACAACUUUCUGGUUGAAAGGCAAGGAAGGCUUCACUAUUGCACUCCCUGAAUUUACUGAGGAAGAAGCUCAAGUCCCAGAGAUCUUGGGAGGAUCUGAUCUUCUGAAGGCCUUCAGAAUCAAGACAGAAGCUUAGGAGGGAAAGCAGAAGGCAUUUAUGUCAGGGGACAAUUGCGUUUUCUCUUCUCUUAUUUGGGAUCAUGACUUCUGGACUCCAUUUUGCUCAACCAUGAAAGAAAACAAGGCCUCUGUUAUGAGGCCUUAGAGAUUUGGACUUGUACCCAUCUAUCUGUCUAUCCAUCCAAUCAUCCAUCCAUCCAUCCAUCCAUCAUCUAACCAUCCAUCUACCUAUCCAUCAAUAUAUCUAUCCAUUCAUCUAUUCAUUCAUUCAUCAGUCUUUCCACCCAUCCAACCGUUCAUCCAUCCAUCCAUCCAUCCAUCCAUCCAUCCAUCCAUCCAUCCAUCCAUCCAAUCAUCCAACCAUCCAUCUACCUAUCCAUCUAUCCAUCUAUUUAUAUGAACAUUAAUUAAUUUGAGGAGCACUUAUUAAGCACCUGCUUUGUGCCAGCUAUCACACCGCUGGGGGACACAAGAAAACACAACACUUCCCUUGAUCUUUAGCUUACAGUUUAAAGGCACACGUAGCUGUUGUAUAGUAUUGCUAUGCACAAAAAUGUAGA